AGUUCAGUUCCAACGAGACAUUUGUAAUCAAAACCACUCUAUUGAAGUACCUUCCUUCUCUGAAAAUGGCUAUUGCAAGGGCAAUUCUGUUAGUUUAUUUGGUAUCGACGAUCUCAGCAGUAAAAUGGCCAAGAGGGACGUAUACACUGAUGAAACCAGACACCGGGUGUCCCGCGGGUUGGUUGGAAGGGUGGAGAUUGCAGGACGGUGAAAACGAUCAUAAUUUAAACAGCAUAGACACCGCACAUCAUUUCUAUGGCAUCUAUGGAAAUCAACCCCGAGAUUUCAGAUUCUCCUUCUGUACCAAGGACGCUCAUGAUUUUAACGCCGAUGGAUUGUGGCCGGCUGGAAACUACUGCAUUAUGAGGCAAGGGCAUACGUGUCCUUCAGGUUUUAAUUACGGAACUAUUACUUGGGAUGACGAAAACACCAAUAACAUGAACAGGCGUAGUGGAAUAUUACCCAGUGGUGAUUACGGCAGGGACACCACCAUACAUUAUUGCUGCAGAUCAGAUGGUUAUUGGAUGAACUAUAUAAAGCUUCCGAACACUCAGCCGUUUUUUCUGAUUAGAUAUACAUCCAUCUGUCAGACAGUGGAGGGAAUGUUAACGAAAGAAGUGGGCGUCAACUAUGGCGACGAAAAAACCUACAAUAGAGAUUCAUCUUCCGGAGCCCAUCCAUUCCGAUUGCAUCUCCACGGAAAUACGAAUUUCCUUAUUUAUUGCUACUAUUACAUUUAAAUAACAUUAAAUAAAAUGUUACCCAUGGC